CGUUGUUUUCUCCCGAGAUUCUCUCUCCGUAUCGAAAGCCAGGACUUCAUAGAGAAGAAGAGAACACGAGUUUUGAUUUUUCCUAUAUUCUCUGGCGUUGGCGAUUCCAUUGUUUUCUUUUGAUAGAUUCGAUCAUUGAUUUUCUGUCUCUGACUCUGCACCCGCUGCAAUCGACGGUGAGUGGCCGUUUUCAUCCAGUAAGGAGGAUGAGGAUGAUGAUGAUGAUGAUGAAGAAGCAUCUUAACUAGAGCUUGUUGGCGAGGUCAGUGCUGGUUUUGUGGCAGGUUUCUCAGAUUUGUUUCCUUCUGUUGGAAUUCAGUUGAAUGAUGAUAAUCAUUUGGAUGCAAAGGGAGUUGAUAAUGUCAUCGCAUUUUUUAGUUGCUCUAUGCUGAACAAAAGGAAAAUGCUGGUGAAUUGGAAGGAACCGCACAUCAAAUCGACGCUCUUGUCAGUCAGACUCUCUUGUAGAUUUUUUGAAACCGAUGAGAGUGAAGGCUUGUGUCAUAUGAUUUAAGGAACAAUAUAACAAUGGAGUCUGGUUUGGAUAAACGAUUUCCUCUCAAUGCAAAAGAAUACAAGUUAUUCGAAGAAGUCGGCGAUGGUGUCAGUGCAACUGUAUAUAGAGCUUUAUGCAUUCCUCUCAAGGAAACAGUUGCAAUCAAGGUUCUCGAUCUGGAAAAGUGCAACAGCGAUCUGGAUGGGAUCAGGCGAGAGGUACAGAUGAUGAAUCUGAUCGAUCAUCCUAAUUUGUUACGAGCACAUUGCUCCUUUUCCACUGGGCACCACCUUUGGGUCGUGAUGCCUUACAUGGCUGGAGGAUCCUGUCUCCAUAUAAUGAAGUCUGAUUAUCCAGAUGGAUUCGAGGAAUUUGUUAUCGCUACUUUGCUCCGUGAAACUCUGAAAGCUCUUGUGUAUCUUCAUGCUCAUGGGCAUAUCCAUAGGGAUGUCAAGGCUGGAAACAUUUUGAUUGAUUCUAAUGGUACCGUUAAGUUAGCUGACUUUGGAGUCUCUGCUUGGAUGUUUGAUACUGGGGACAGACAACGUUCUAGAAAUACAUUUGUUGGAACUCCAUGCUGGAUGGCUCCUGAAGUGAUGCAGCAAUUGCAUGGAUACGACUUCAAAGCAGAUAUAUGGUCAUUUGGAAUCACAGCACUUGAGCUGGCGCACGGCCACGCCCCAUUUUCCAAAUAUCCGCCAAUGAAAGUCCUGCUAAUGACCUUACAAAAUGCACCACCUGGACUUGACUACGAGAGAGACAAGAGAUUCACAAAGUCGUUCAAGGAAUUGGUGGGUGCAUGCCUGGUGAAAGACCCGAAGAAGCGUCCACCUGCAGAAAAGCUUUUGAGGCACCAUUUUUUCAAGCAAGCACGUCCACCUGAUUAUCUGGCUCGUGCAAUCCUUAAUGGACUUCCUCCAUUAGGUGAACGUUAUAGGAAGCUAAAGUCAAAGGAAGCUGAUCUUCUAGUCCAAAACAAAUCUGAAUACGAGGAGCAACUAUCACAGCAAGAAUACAUAAGGGGAAUAAGUGCUUGGAAUUUUAAUCUUGAGGACUUAAAGAAUCAGGCUGCCCUUAUUCCAGAUGAUGAUGAUGAUGUUUCACAUACUGAAGAGCCAGAUGUCAACAGAAAAUCAAGCGAAAGACAUGAUGAACCUGGCCUUUCCCCUGAAAGGACUAGCAGUUCUGCGACAGCACCUAGCCAGGAGGACGAAUUGAAUGAUCUUCAGGAUUUGGAGAGUUCUCUUGCUUCAUUUCCAAUCAAACCUCUUCAAGCUCUCAAAGGCUGCUUUGACAUUGGCGAGGAUGAUGAUAAUGCUACUACUCUUGAUUGGAAAGAUGCAAGUAAAGUGAAAUCCGGACCACAACUGUUACGAAAGCCGUCCAUUGGAUCUCAGGCCCAUACUGCAAGAGACGAGGAGACAGCAACACAAAACAUUUCUUUACCACGUCAGGUCAUUCUUGAACAGAAAAAGUAUUUAAGUGGUUCACUCAUAUCGGAGAGUACUUCUGCUCCAAAACGAAACACCAAUGAUGCUGAGAGGGAUUUUCAACAGUCUAAACAUCCAGCAGAGCGAAGCUACAGUGGACCAUUGUAUCCUCGAAUGAGGAGAGAGACCAGCCUUCCAUCUGUGGAUGAUACAUCAGAAGGUGCAGUUGUUCAGCGCAAGGGACGGUUUAAGGUGACAUCAGCAGAUCUCAGUCCCAAGGGGCCUACAAACUGUACAUUCGGCCCAUUCAGUGGCGUCGGUUCAACCAGCCCCAACUCCCUCAAUGUUACAGCGGCCUCUGUCCUCCCAUCACUUCAGUACAUUUUGCAGCAGAAUGCUAUUCAACGGGAAGAAAUUAUGAGGCUGAUCAAAUACGUAGAGCAAACAUCUGGAAAGCAAUCUGAACCAACCGAGACAAGCAUUGACGAACUCUUGCAGACACCUCCUGCUACAGCGAGAGAGAGAGAACUUCAAUCCCAGCUCAUGCAACUACAACAAAGCAUUUGGAGCUUAGCAGAAGAAGUAAAGAAACAGAAGCAGAUAAACGGACAGUUGGAGAGUCAGUUGAAAACGGAUUGGCAGCACAGACACGAGGGAAGAUAACGAGACAAGUCUGAGAAUUCCCCGCCGUGAAAGAAGAAAAUGCGGUGAAAAAUCUCAUACUUAAUAUUUUAUGUAACAUUCGUGCUGUAAUUUAUUUGACUCUGCUUAUGCUCACUUUAUCUAUACACCUCUUCAGUUUUAUUUCUUAGAGGGGGGGUGGUGUGUAUGUGUGAUCAUAGUUCCUUGCUAAACAGCGUUUUUUUUUUAAACUGUUUCUUCUUUUUUUA